AUGGCAUCAGUACUUUCAUCAUUAAAUGUUCUAUAUUUUAGAAUCACUUUUCUAUUAACGAUUUCCUAUUGUUGUUUCAAAGAUGUAAAUUUGAUCUUACAAAACACAUAUUUUUUAAUUCUAACUCAAGCAAUGAAUUUACCAGCGUUACAAUUACCUCAACAUAGUGGUCAAUUAGGGUUAUUUGGUAUUUUAUUUAUCUUUUCCGCAUUGAAUGAUAUUGUUGCCAUUUUGGAAAAUAAUAAGAAAUACUUGAAUUCCAUUGUACCAAUCAGAUUACUUGGAUUUUUCGUCUUAACUGGUAUUUCAUUUCUUUGGGAGACGAAUCUUUUCAUACAUAAUAAUUCUGUUUUCAUUUAUUCAUUUUUGGAAAUGUGGAUAAAUUUCGUCAUAUAUAAUUCACUAAGAGAGGAAAAGAAUGAAGAAUUCAAAUUACAAAACAGAUUCAUGAAUGAUUCUUUAAUUGAAGAACCAACACCAUUUGAAGUUGCAAAUAACGCUGGUGCUGCUACAAUUGAAAUUAUAGAAGAGGAGGAAAUUAUUGAAAAAUAA